CUCCCAUACUCCGCGCCUUGAACUUCCAUUUCCCUACCACCUCACCUCACCUCACCACACACCCUCUUCCCUCUACUCACCAUCACCACCUCGACCAUGGCAACCUCACCCCCCGGACCAAUGCACAUGAAUCUUCCUAACCCGAAGAAACGCGCCUCGAUGAGUUCACAAGCCUCCACAUCCGGCCGAGGAGACAAACGGCCCAAAAUCCAUCCUCUACGCCAAACAUCAUUUCCGGCCACUCAAUCCGCCAUUUCAAGCGCACGAUCCGAAACCGGCAGUGUCACCAACAGUCUCGUGUCUGCAACCAGUACCAAAGUUCCUGGGCGAGGACGAGGACGACCACGCAAAUCCGCUCAGAUCGCCGACGCCGACGUCCGCUCCGCGACCGCUGCAACCGAUGCAGCCAGCCAGGUCGAUGGAGAUGGUCGAGCCAAAUCACGAGCCAAGUCGGUUGUGAGCGCAAAGUCCGGUGCGAACGAACAGGAAGAAGAUGAUGAAGGCGACAUUGAUGGCAUGUUGGAGAAUAUGGAUGAGCAGGAACGCCGACAGGCGGAAGAGGAAGAAACGAGACAGGAACAACGGCGGGAACGACUUGCUGAGACACUGGAUCCGGAUCAAUAUUCGAGAUAUAAUGCAUGGCGAGCCCUGUCGCUCAAUACCUCGACGGUGAAACGCCUGGUCAACUCGAUUGUGUCCCAGUCGGUGACGUCGGCGCCGUUACAAGCUAUCAAGAUCUACGGGAAAUGGUUUGUCGGUGAGAUUGUCGAGCGCGCUCGCAGUGUGCAGAGUGAAUGGGCCGUUGCAUACGAUGAGACACGGAGAUUAGAGAAGGAAGAACGACAACGCGAAUUGCAACGCCUUGAGGAGGUUCGCAAGGCAGGGAAUCUCACCGAGUUCGAGUUGCGUGCUAACGCCGCCGCGAUCGAUAAGUUGAAGAGACAGGUCGAGGAAUAUAUUCCUAAUCCUCACCGGGCGGGGCUUUUGCCGGAUCAUCUGCGUGAAGCUCUGCGUCGGUAUAAGGCCGAUGGCGAAGGUGGUGGUGUUGGUUUCCAAGGCAUGAGUCACGGUUUGUUGGGAGUGCAGGGAUCGGCAUCCUGGCGAGUCGGUGAUGGGGCUACGGGAAAGCGACUCUUUCGAUGAAGGAGGUUGAGUGGUCCGGUGUGUCCAUCUGCCCGUAUGGGUUGGUCGACAUUUUCCAGGGCAUAUUGACAGAGCUGCCAACUCAGUCGCAACAUGUCACACUACAGCAAAAUUCGCACCUUGGUCUGUGUCACAAGACUACCUAGAUUACGCAUCCAGAUGCGCAUACCUUUUCUUGCAUCAAACAGGUAUCAAGAAUAUCAUCACAAGAUGACGGAC